AUGUCGGAUGAAAAUAUUCAGCAAUUUAUGGCGUUGUCCAAUGCCUCUCUGGAGGUUGCCCAGGCUUAUUUGGCCCAAAAUUCUGAUUUGGGAGAUGCUUUAGAUGCCUUUUAUGCCGCUCAGAAUGGUGAUACAGGGCUUUCAAGCAGUUCUCAAGAGCAAGGGUUAUCUGAGCCUUCUAAGGAAACAAGGCCACCAAGAUAUUCAUCUCCACGUCCUAGAGAAUCGACAGCGUCGCCAGCUCCGAAAAGAAGUGGGGGCUCCUCUUCCAAGUUUAAAAGUUUCUCAGACCUUGUCAGGGGAGACAAUCAGGAUGAUGAUGACGAAAAAAGGAAUACAUUUGCAGGCGGAGAGACGUCUGGUCUGGAGGUGGCGGAUCCAAACGACUCGGACUCGCUGAUCAGAGAUUUGUUGGAAAAGGCAAGAAGAGGAGGAGAAAGAGCUGCCAGCCCUAGCGAGGAAGAUGCUUCUGCAGCGCGUCGUAAGCCGCCUAGUUUCACCGGGAAAGGAUUCAGAUUGGGCUCAUCGCUUGAUGCGUCAACCGAGGCUUCAAGCGAUAUUCCUGAGGAGUCGUUGCCGGCAAGACCAUCGAAAGUGACUCGCGAAAUAACUUUUUGGAAAGAAGGGUUUCAAGUCAAUGAGGGCGAGCUUUAUCGAUACGAUGAUCCUGCAAACAGUUAUUUUUUGAAUGAAUUGAACCAAGGGCGGGCACCUCUGAAAUUGCUGAACGUUGAGUUCGGCCAAGAAGUCGAAGUGAACGUCAAGAAGAGAUUAGAUGAAAGUUUUAAGCCUCCAAAGCGUAAAGUUGGCGGUUUCCAUGGGAAAGGACAUAGACUAGGAUCCCCAGUAUUGGGAGACUCUCUGUCACCAGAGCCGUUCACCGUUCAAUCGCCGGCGGAGAAGCCCUCGGACAGCAGCGAAAAGGAAGAACCAAAAGGUGAUACGAGUGUGCAAAUCAGGUACGCCACCGGAAAAAGAGAGGUUUUAAGAUGCAAUUCGAGCGAUUCGGUAAGAUCAGUGUAUGAACACGUCAAAAAGGAAUCGGGUGCGAAUAAGACUUUUACGCUGAAUCACGCUUUCCCAGUAAAAGCCAUCGACAAUUUUGACAGCAGCCUGAAGGACGAAGGACUGUGCAACGCCGUUGUGGUACAAAGAUGGGUCUAA